ACAGCAAGUAAAUUGGAUGACUGCGCGCGAGCUGUGGCUUACACGCCUACAUAGUGUUAAAAGAGGGUGGCCCGUGAACAGAGCUGUGGUUAAAAGCUACGGUGUGUUGCUAUUGUCUCUCUACCUUCUUGUUGGGCUUCAGGACGAAAGCACUCUUUGACCAGCUCUCCAGACCAGAUACACCAUCAUUCAAAAAUGGCAGCAAUUGGAAACCGUGGAACUGUGACCGAGGCGACUGGUUUUGAUGCUGCAGCUGAUGCCCAGAAGCUGAGAGGAGCCAUGAAGGGAGUUGGGACGGAUGAGGCGGCCAUCAUCGACGUCCUGGCGCACCGUACGAUUGCCCAGAGACAGCGCAUCAAGGAGGCCUACAAACAAACUGUGGGGAAGGACCUGGCUGAUGAUCUGUCUUCAGAGCUGAGCGGACACUUCCAGAGCGUUGUUCUGGGUCUGCUGAUGUUGGCGCCCGUCUACGAUGCCUAUGAGCUGAGAAAUGCCAUGAAGGGGGCUGGAACAGAGGAGGCCUGCCUCAUUGAUAUUCUGGCUUCAAGAAGCAAUAAUGAAAUUAAAACCAUCAACGAGGUCUUUAAGAGAGAAUAUGGGAAGACCCUGGAGGAUGCGGUGUCUGGAGAUACCUCUGGGAUGUUUAAAAGGGUUUUGGUCUCUUUGCUCACGGCUGGACGAGACGAAAGCGAUAAAGUGGACGACGCUCAGGCUGUUCAGGAUGCGAAGGACAUCUAUGAGGCUGGAGAGGCUCGUUGGGGCACAGAUGAGGUGAAAUUCCUCACAGUGCUGUGCGUUAGGAACAGAAACCAUCUGCUGAAAGUGUUUCAGGAAUAUCAGAAGAUUUCUGGGAAGGACAUUGAGACUAGCAUCAAGAGUGAGAUGUCUGGCUCCUUGGAAGACGUUUUUCUUGCCAUAGUGAAAUGCAUUAAGAGUAAGCCAGCAUUUUUUGCUGAACGGCUAUACAAGUCAAUGAAGGGUCUGGGCACCACAGACAGCGUCCUCAUCAGAAUAAUGGUCUCCAGGGCUGAAAUUGACAUGUUGGACAUUAAGAGUCAGUUCCAGAAGAUGUAUGGAAAGACUCUACACUCCUUCAUCAAGGGAGACACAUCAGGCAACUACCGUAAAAUCCUGCUGGAGCUGUGUGGAGGCGAAUAGAAACAUUCACCGACAUUCAGCCCCGCUUCUUCAGACCACAUCAUGUUUUUAUGUUGUCUUCUCUGCAUUUCUCAUUUUGCUAAUUAACACGGUGCCUUGUAUCACUGUUUCAGAUACCAAUUAAACCAAAGAUCAGUGAACCUUUA